AUGCCUGCCAAAAAGGUCGCCACGAAAGGUAGCAAACGGAAAGCUACGAUAUCUCCAGAAGCAGAAGCCAUAACGAAUGGUUUCUCGAAGAAACCAAAGAUCACCAAUGGGUCUACUGAUCCUCUCCGCAAACCACAUCACUCAGCGCAAGAAGCCGAAGACAAUGGUAUCGUUUUGCGAAAGUACUAUCCUCACGAAAUGUCGAAUGCGCGCGCGAUAGCAUACAACAAUAACGAGCUUCCACGUCCGAUCGAGCUUCUCGAGUCAGCUCUGGAGGAGACAAAAUCAGAAAGAGCAAAGAUAGAAGUCAAGGGAGCCGUGGUACACUGGUACAAAUGCGAUUUGAGGACGCAAGAUAAUAAAGCGCUACAUCUGGCGAGUGAGAAGGCAAAGGAGAAAGGAGUACCACUUAUUGCAAUGUACAUCAUUAGCCCGCAAGAUUUUGAAGCGCAUUUGACAGCUCCAGUGAGAGUUGAUUUUAUUUUACGCAACUUGCAAGUGUUGAAGGAGGAUCUGGGAAAACUCGAUAUUCCGCUGCAUGUUGAGACGGUAGAAAAGCGCAAAGCUAUACCAGGGAGGGUUUUGGAGCUUCUCAAGGAAUGGGAUGCCAGCCAUCUAUUUGCCAAUACCGAAUAUGAAGUUGAUGAGUUACGAAGAGAAGCGAAAUUGGUUCAUUCGCUUCUAGACAAUGAUAUUUCAUUUGAGGUAACACCAGACACCUGUGUUGUUAGUCCCGGUGAGCUUAGUAGCGGAACUGGAAAGCAGUAUUCGGUAUAUUCUCCAUGGUAUCGAGCUUGGGUAGCAUAUGUCCACAGCCAUCCAGAUGUACUGGACCUCUUCGGACCUCCCAGCAAAAAUCCGCCAGUCGCUCGAGAACGAUUCUCCCAAAUCUUCGAAAGCACUACUAUCCCAUCAGCACCAGCCAACAAAUCUAUCACCCCCGAGGAAAAGAAAAGAUUCAAAUCCCUGUGGCCAGCCGGCGAGCACGAAGCACACUCACGACUCCAAAGAUUCUGCACCGAAAGAAUAAAAGCCUACGCCGACAACCGCAACUUCCCCUCUGAAACCGCAACCUCAUCGCUCUCUGCCCAUUACGCAGCAGGCACUCUAUCGGCGCGAACCGCAAUCCACACCGCCCGCUCUCACAACACCAGCAAAUCUCUGAAUGCCGGCAUCCAAGGAAUUCAAACAUGGAUUUCCGAAGUCGCCUGGCGCGACUUCUACAAACACGUCCUCGCGCACUGGCCGUACGUCUGCAUGAACAAACCCUUCAAACCCGAAUACACAAACAUCAAUUGGGAAUACGACGACGCAAAUUUCACAGCCUGGUGUACCGGACAAACAGGCUACCCGAUCGUCGACGCCGCGAUGCGCCAGCUCAAUCACAUGGGCUACAUGCACAACCGGUGCCGUAUGAUCACGGCCUCGUUCCUCGCGAAACACCUGCUCAUCGACUGGCGCAUGGGCGAGAAGUACUUUAUGGAACACCUCAUUGACGGUGAUUUCGCGAGCAACAACGGGGGGUGGGGGUUUAGCGCGAGUACGGGCGUAGAUCCACAGCCAUAUUUUAGGAUCUUUAAUCCGCUGUUGCAGAGUGAGAAGUUUGAUGGUGCGGGGACGUAUAUUAGGAAGUGGGUGCCGGAGUUGGAGGGCGUGGAGGGGAAGGCGGUGCAUGAUCCGUAUGAGAGGGGUGCUGGGAAGGUGGUCGAGAAAAGGGGGUAUCCCAGGCCGGUGGUGGUUCAUAAGGAGAGUCGAGAGAGAUGCCUAGCGAGGUAUAAAGAGGGGUUGGGGAGAGAAACCUCAUGA